UCUUUCUUUCUCCUUCCCCUCGUGGUAUCUCAUAAGCAAUAACCACUACUGCACGCAAAGUUCACACAAUUACUACCCACCCAUACAAUACUACGGAACAACAUCCAGGAAACACCCGUUCCCGAGUUCCUAUUCUCUCCCCUUCCCUAGUGCCAAGCCGACCUAGGUCUCGCAGCACUACUACCUAUCCAUCGGCGAACUCGUUCUCGAUUACAACCUCCGUCGGUUGCCUACCCACAAAUAAUCACGACCCGGACCUUCCGUUCGGCGUCGUCAUCAUCAUCAACUUUGCACGAUGGUGGUCCCUAGCAUACUUCAACCGGACGCUCUCAAGGCCAAGGUCUUCCCGAGCAGUGCCGGACAAGACAACCACAACGGCAAACAGGUCGAUAUCAACGAUCAUCGUUCGCCACCACACCCGCUCGACGAUUCGGAUUCCGGUCAUCAUCGCCCUCACGUUCAUCAUCACGACAAUAAUCACGAGAACGACGACGGCGAAGCCAACAUAUCGAACUCGACUCCCGCUCCCCGUGCUAGCGAACCCGAAAGUACUCCUAACACCGGUAGUGGCAAGCUUCGCGACCAUCUCGACCGACCAGAGAACCUGACCGAAGCGAGGGAACCUUCGGACGACUCGAUGGCGUUCAAGACUCCUGCAGAGGAACGGGGUGGGAUGGAUACGUUUAGGGAUUUCGCCAGGACGGAGAACGGUACGGGUGAGGCCAUGGAUGUCAAUGCCAUGAGUUCGACGUCUACGCCAGCGUUGAGAGCGGCUCUGGGAGCGGGUGAGGGUGAAGGAUCAACGUCGACCCCGUUGGCACCCCUCGUCUCGUCUUCCGUAAACUCCCCGGGUGUUCUCGGUACCAUGCCUUCGACUUCGACCUCGAGUGGAGGAAGGAGUCUGCGAGAAGACAUGAUGCUGAUGAACGAGACGAACAAGGUCUCAGGUAUGCACCCCGAGGAACAAGAGGUCUGGGUGAGGGAGCACUAUCGGACCAGGAAGAAUACCGAGGUCGGAGCGUCGUCGAUGAUUCAGCAGCAGCAACAGCAAGCCACUACGAAACAGGAACGUGGCCAUGGGCAGGAUGAGGAAAAGACGCCUCAGGGUGUGUCGGUCGCAGAUCGACCCGAGGGCGAGAACGAGGUCGGGGCAGAUGAUGCGGUUGCAAAACGACCCGAAUCCGAACGAAAAUCGUCUGGCGAGUGGGUACGGCCAUUACAAGCCUUUCCUAUGCAACGUCAGAGCAGUUCGAUCGAGGAAUCCAUCAAACCUACUGAAGGCAAGAUCGUCCUGCCUGCAUUUUACCGCAAACCUACCGUCGACCAGAGCGCGCUUUCUCAUCGACUGGCCGUCUUGAGUGUAAAUAACUUUUCCGGCGAGCAUGGCGUGGGAGAGGAGGAUAUCGGUAUGGAUCCCGUCGAGGAGGACAGGAAGCGGGCGAGGAAAAUUCUGGGCGACGGUGCGGAUGCUGACGACAUCGAAGAGCGUGCUACCGAGAUCAAGAAGGAGAGGAUCGACGCCAAGGAGGAAGAGAUCAAGCACAGUCUCAAGCACGACGACAAGGAGACGCUCACAAAGAAGAUUGUGCCCGGCGCCUUGUUGAGGACCGCCAAAGAGGGUGAUCAGCCGGGUGAAGACAACGUCCGGCCCUCCCAAGUUCGACAGGACACGGAUCGCACCUUGAGGCAGAUCGCCGAUGCCAAUCGUCGUGAUUUCGCUACUGAAGAGGCUCAGGCGAAGGCGGAAGAGCAAGGUGACGAUGCCGCUAGUGUCCGAUCGUUCAAUGAUGAAGAGGCCGAGGCCUUCGUUGCUGCUGAGACUGAACGCAGGAGCAAAAUCAGCAGGCAAGAAAAGCUUGCGGCGCUUUGUGAAGAGUUUGGCACCAUUGCCGACUUGUUUGAAGAUGACCAGCCCGAAGAAUUCAUCGUCGAGUGCAAGGGAGGUCUUUUCCGAGGAAUCUUGAUCUUGGGAAACAUCCACCUGACGACACAUCGGUUGACGUUCCAUGCCGUCUUGCCGCCACCCAAGAUGAUGUUGCCCGGAGACGAAUCUAGCAAGCUCCUGCAUACUGGAGCCGCUACGAUACACAGGCACAAUCCCGUAUUUGCCAACAAGACCAGCAGGGUGUGGAUGGAAUUGGAUUCCGAGAUGAUCACCACUUACCCUAGUGCCGAUGAGGAAGGACGAGUAAAGCCUCUACGAUCGAUCUUACUCGAAUCGGUUGACCAACUCUAUCCCCUUGACCCGGCCAAGCCUUUCGAUAUCAAGUUGCGCUAUCACUCUCCUAAGGGUGAAAAGUUCCUCGAGUUUACUGUAGAUACGCAAGAAUCGGCGCUUCAUUGGCAUCGAGAUUUCGAGUCUGCGCUCUUCCAGCAUGGACGCGCCAGGCGGUACCAACAUAGGCUCGAUCUACGACACAAGAAGAUGGGCGACCGACCCGACGCGCCGACCAUGGAGGGAGACGGCUUGUUCCUGGAGGACGAUGGCGGCUGGGAGAUGCUGCGAAUUUGUUUACCAUUGGACCGCAUCCGGGAAUCGGGAACUGACGAUUACAUGGACUUCGCUAGACUUGUCAGCAUCCACGUCGAUGUCAUGGACGAUGGUGAAGGAAGACGGUGCAAAGAUGUGUCCGACGGUUUUGACCGCAUGCAUCCCGACAACCCAACCUAUCAAGACUUUGAGGAUGCCGAGAAGAAGCGGCAACAAAACCAUAAGUCCGGCUUUGAGCGUUUCAUGGGACACUUCAAGAGGUCAUCCAAUUCGCAUAUCGUCUCAGAUGGCAAGACCGGUCAUGCCGAGCCGACAGCACAGGCCACCAAAGCUCGAGAUUAUGGGAGUUCAACGGCGAGCGUUCAGGACGAUCGCGUACCGCAGCCGACUCCCCCCUCCAACUCGAAUCAGGGCGAGAGCAACACUGGCAACUUGGGCAUGCACGCUGCUCACAGCGAGACCAGGACCGGCCAGGGUGCCUUCCAAGGUCCUACGGCAGACCCGCAGGAUCUCACGUCCAAUGCCUCCAUCCUGCCAGCUCGCGCCAUGAAAUUCCGCUACGGAGAUCAGAAUGAGAUGCGAACGGCUGUCAACAUCAAAUUUGGAAUCCUGAACGAGAGGGCUGCCUUUGCCGACAAGCUGCACGAAACCAUUCAGAAAGCUCAUGAUUCCGGGAGGAGGUACAAGCGAGAUGCCGACCGACCCUUGGCCGUCUUCCAGGUCGGACAGUCUGACCUUCUUCGCUUGCCCGAGGUGGAAGGAGGUGCUGGUCUGCCCGAGCACGUCCUCACUGACCCACCGGCCCCCAAGCGUCUGCCAAAGAGACAGAAGAAGGAAGCAGAUCUGCAUCGCAACGACUCAGAUUCCGAGGAUUCAAGCAGUGACAGCGACUCGGAAACCGAGGCUGACCAGAAUGCCAACCAGAGUCUUGGCAAUCCUGGCGGAGUAAGAACCGAGAAGAAGCAGCAGAACGCUCGUAUUGCCAAGGCAAUAUUCGGCAUCAAUGUUUCGGAACCGGUCUGGAUGAAGCGGUGUUAUUUGAACCGAACCGUGCCUUUCCGAGGCCACAUCAUCUUGUCGGAAAAGUAUCUCUGCUUCUGGCGCAAGAGUGCGGGUCCCGUGCCCGAUAUCAAGUAUCGAUUCCCAGUUCACGACAUCAAAGGAGCCGAACCGAUCGACGCCUUCAGAUUCAAGUUCCGCGGCAUGUCGGUCAAGGUAUCUGGGCGUCACGAUUUGCAUUUCGACUUCUUCAGCCCCAAAGCUCGAGCCAAGACAAUGAAGCGAAUCAACGACUUGGUUGUCGAGCAUGCCAAAUUGCAUGAAAAGCAUCCGGAGCUGGAUGCGCGAGAGGCCGAGGAAGAAAACAGUCGGGAGCGUGAUGCUGCUGUCAUGAACACUUUGAACGUCGAUGCAUUCGAUGAUGAUUCAGCGCUCCAGCAGAAGACGCGGGACCGUCUGAGGACGAUUGAGGUGCUUGGGGUCACACCCAAGGACUCGAUGAACAUUUCGGUACCGGAUCAUGCUUUGGCCCAUCUGCCGGCCGUCGUCAAUGACUACGGUUCAAGACAGAAAAUCAGCACUCGUCGGUUUGGAAUGCUUACGAUCGGGUCUCGAGGCGACAUUCAGCCGUACAUCGCUUUAGCCCUUGGCUUGAUGAAGGAUGGACACCAAUGUGUCAUCAUUACUCAUGACGAGUUCAAGGAAUGGGUUGAGGGUUACGGUAUCGAGCACCGACAGGCUGGAGGCGACCCAGCGGCUCUGAUGAAGCUUUCGGUUGACCACGCCAUGUUCUCCCCUGGAUUCUUCAAGGAAUCCCUCGGCAACUUUAAGAGUUGGCUCGACGACCUGCUCCGGGACUCUUGGGAAUCUUGCCAGGGAGUCGACGUCCUGAUCGAGAGUCCUAGCACUAUGGCGGGUAUCCAUAUCGCGGAAGCCCUGAAGAUUCCCUACAUGAGAGCCUUCACCAUGCCCUGGACCCGAACCGUCAAGUACCCUCAUGCCUUCAUGGUGCCCGCUGUCGAGAUGGGUCCUGGCUUCAACUAUUCCUCAUACGUGAUAUUCGACAACAUCAUAUGGAAAGCGACAGCCCCUCAGAUCAACCCCUGGAGGAAGGAAAUGCUGGGUUUGCCAGCGGCUGACAUGGCUCACUUGUCACAGACAAAGGUUCCCUUCAUGUACAACUUUUCGCCCUUCAUCGUUCCUAAACCUCUCGAUUGGCACGAUGCUGGAUACUGGAACCUUGCAAACUCGGACAACGACUGGUCUCCACCUGACGACCUGGAAGAUUUUAUGCAAAAAGCAGAAAGGGACGGCAAGCCUUUGGUUUACAUCGGGUUCGGAUCUAUUACCGUGCCCGAUCCCGACAUGGUUACCCGAAACAUCGUUCAAGCCGUCGACAAAGCCGAUGUUAGGGCUAUCAUCGCCAAGGGCUGGUCGUCCAAGGGAGCGGAUACUUCAGACGAGAAAAAGUCGGAAUCACCUAGCUACUCUGCCAACUGCUAUCCGGUCGACAAGGUACCUCACGGCUGGCUGUUCCCCAAGGUCAAGGCGGCGCUGCAUCACGGAGGUGCUGGUACGGUGGGUGCCUCAUUGACGGCCGGAUUGCCCACUUUGAUCAAACCCUGGUUCGGAGACCAGUACUUCUGGGCUACGCGAGUUACCCAUCUUGGAGUCGGAGUCAAGGUCGGCAGUCUCGAUGUCGAUGAGAUGGCCGAGGCCUUGCACACUGCAACUCGUGACACCGUCAUGAUUGAGAGGGCUGCCAUGCUGGGAGAGAAAAUUCGUGGAGAGAACGGUGUUCAGAACGCCAUCAACUACAUCUACGCCAACUUGCCUCGAGCCAGUAAAGAUCGUACCCAACUGCGGUGGCAGAAGAACUGAUCUUCCCGCAGGCAUCGCCGUGGGAGAUCUUGCGCCUGUAACUCAGUAUGAUUUGACCAGGAAAGCACAAUGUUGUAUAAUCACUUGCCCACAGGCUCACAAAGCAUCGUCCUCGCCGGGUGAUCUACACGUGUAUUGCCCUUCUAUAAUCCAACAAUCUAAUGCACUUUAUUACAUAUGACAUGCUCGCUUGAUCUCUUUGUGAUGCUAUUU